GUAGCUAUAAACAUACCUAACCAUAUUUCUGUUGUGCUUGUCAUUAUAGAAGUCGACAUUUACUGGAACCUAAUAGAACCUGACCUAACCAACCCAAAAAACCUAAAUAACGUUACCUAACUUCAAAUUAAACAGAAAGUACUUGGCUGACCAGAGCUCUACAUAAGAAAAGUAUGACAAGCUCCCGUCUUCAGGCCUCCCGUGUGGUGGUCUUGUUUAUGGUGGGAGUGAGUGCAGUGGUAAUGCUUAUGUAUUUACACUUGGCAAAGGAAGUGUGUCACCUGCGCAACUAUAUCCAUUCUCAUCCUGCCAUGGAACUUCAAAUGAGUGGCACACUUACAGAAAGUAGCAGUAGUAGUAGCAACAGCAGAAGCAGCAGCAAUAAUAAUGGCAAAAGGAAAGAUAAAAAAAAUGGUGGCCAUACCAUCAGCAGUAUUAAUGGCAGAGGUCUUGACCUUGAGAGUUUAAUAGUUAUUUACAACCGGGUCCCAAAGACAGGAUCCACUUCAUUUAUUGGCUUGGCUUAUGAUCUGUGCUCCAAGAACAAGUUCAAUGUUAUUAAUGUAAACACAACCAAGAAGAAUCCAACUCUCUCCUUAACAGAUCAGAUGCGGCUUGUAUAUAAUAUGUCAAACUGGGAAGAAAAGAAACCUGGAAUAUAUCAUGGACAUCUUGCAUACUUGGAUUUUAACAGGUUUGGAGUGAAUGUGCAGCCACUAUACAUUAACAUCAUUAGAAAUCCUUUGGAGCGCCUUGUCUCCCACUAUUAUUUCAUCCGAUAUGGUGAUGAUCUCAUGCCACAACGUGUUUAUAAGAAAAUGGGUGACAAGAUGACACUAGAUGAAUGUGUAGCCCUCCAGCAUCCAGAUUGCUCAACCAACCACCUCUGGAUGCAGAUACCUUUCUUCUGUGGUCACUAUGCUGAAUGCUGGAUACCAGGUUCAAGCUGGGCUCUAGAAAUGGCAAAACAUAACCUCGUACAAAAUUACUUCCUUGUUGGGGUCACUGAAGAACUUGAGGAUUUUGUGGCUAUGCUUGAAUAUUCUCUUCCACGCCUGUUUAAAGGUGCUCUUGAUCUUUAUGUCUCAGGUUCAAAAUCACAUAUAAGAAAGACCUCAAAGAAGAUCAUGCCCUCGGAUGAAACUAUAACUAAGCUUCAAAAUACAAAGGUAUGGAGGCUGGAAAAUGAAUUUUACAACUUUGCUCUGGAUCACUUUCAUUUUCUUCGUAAGAAGACCCUUGUGGAAGCAGGGCAUGGAGGUGUCCUUGUGGAUAGAGGGCAGAACUUUGUCUAUGGGAAGAUUAAGCCCAAGAAAAGGCGAAGUCGUGCAGAUCAUCUGCGACAGCGAAGGACAAUGCAGUAACAUCAUGCUGAAUUGAAGCAUCAGUGACUGUUUAUUUUGAAUCACUGUAAUAAUUUAUUUUAGUUAGUUUUCAGUUAUAAACAAUACACAUAAAGGAAAAUGGUUGUCUCACAAAAUGCCUCAUAUAAAUAAGAAAUUUUCUUGAACAUUGUCAUGUUGGUGCUGUGCUUGAAAGUGAUUGGAGCAAAAUAUCAUUAAUAAUGGUGUACAGUAGAAAGUUUUGGGACAUACAUUCCUGAGUAUGGGCCAAUUGUGGUUAAUCAUUUAGUUCUGGUAAAGCAUUACCUCUGGUGAGAUAAAAAGUUAAGUUAAAGCUCAAGUGCUUGUCAGGAAGAGAAAUAAUCGGAUGUUUUGCGUAAGAAAUUUUGAGCUUUUAUUUCUCUCAAUGGAUUAGUUACUAUAUGGUGAUCCAUUAGGUUAUACAGUCCCAAGAUAUAACAGUUAUCUUGUAGCUCAUCUUUGUAUUUCAUGUGUCUAUGAUUUUCUAUGACGGUUUUCUAGAAAGAUUUCAGUAAUUUUCUCAAUUUAUUAGAUAGCUUGAUACAGUACAGUAUUACCAUACGUUUUCUAGUGUUGACAAUAUCAAAGUCCAACAAAUCCACUGCCCAGGGCUGGAAGACUGCUAUGAGGUUGAGCAUAAACUACUGAAAAGUUCUGUAUCUUGUCUGCCAGAAUUUCUUUAUUUUUUCACUGAGGUAACCUGGUUACAAUACAGUAUUAUCAUGUAUUUUACAGCCAAAAUCGAGAUGUGAAGCUUUUCUUAAAAUGUUAGCUUAUUUUGGAAACUUGAUCACCUACUGUGUUGACUGAUCAAAUUUGUUUCACACAAUACUAUACUUGUAGGUGUUUGCUCUCUUCACUACAUUGUACAAUUAAUUACACCAUAGAUCAAAUGAACAGUAAAGACACACACAUGCUUUUAAACAGUCAAGUUGCCCAGAGGUUGGUUUGCGUAUGGAAUCAAUUCUUUGUACAUAAAAUAACAUAUAUUGUACCAGUAAAUGUUAGGAACAAAUAAAAAUAAUAAUAAUAAAAAAAAAAAAAAAA